AUGCGAGUCUCCAGUCUUGUCUCGGCGUUGCUGCUUGGCACUGCCACUGCCCUCGCACCAAUCGAAAUUGUUGGCAACAAGUUCUUCGACGAGAAUGGAAGACAAUGGUUCAUGAAAGAUGACCCAUUGGUGGACACGGAGCAAUGCACCCGCGACGCCAGCCUCAUGAAGACGCUGGGCACCAAUGCAAUUCGCGUAUACCACGUCGAUUCUAGCGCAAACCACGACGGGUGCAUGGCAGCUUUCAAGGAGGCCGGCAUCUACACCCUUAUUGACCUGGACACGUUUGACUCGUAUAUCCUUCCUGUCAGUGCCAUCCUCGACUGUCGUAAUACCCCGUACUGGAACGAGACGCAAUUCAACGCGUACGCCAAGGUCAUGGACAACUUUGCGAAACACGACAACGUUCUCGGCUUCUUCAUCGGCAACGAGAUUAUCGCGCUUAACAACCAAUCUCAGGUCGCCCCUUUCAUGAAGGCCGCCGCGCGAGACAUGAAGGCCUACCGAGACAAGAAGGGCUACCGGAAGAUUCCCGUUGGCUACUCCGCUGCUGACAUUGCUGAAUUACGACCUAUGUUGCAGGACUACCUUACCUGCGGUGGAAAGCCAGAGGACAACAUUGAUUUCUUCGGGCUCAACUCGUACGAGUGGUGUGAUCCCAACACUUAUAGCACUUCAGGCUACGCAAACUUGCAAGCCAUGGCCGAGCAAUUUCCCGUACCUAUCUUCUUCACCGAGACGGGCUGUAUCACCGGACAAGGACCUAGGACAUGGGACGACCAGGACGCCAUCUUUAGCCAACCCAUGGUGGAUGAUUGGAGUGGAGCCAUGGUCUAUGAAUGGAUCUACGAGGAGAACCAUUAUGGUAUCGUGUCGUACGGUCCCGAAGUUUCCAAGACUAUCACAACUGGCGAUGUCUACGAUGGAUUCACUCGCAAGGGUACGCCGAUUCCUCGCUCGCCCGAGUUCCAAAACCUGCAAUCCAAGUGGGCUACCAUUACCCCUACCGGAGUCAUGAAGUCCGACUACAACCCGACCAGUGUCUCCACCCGCGAUUGUCCUAAAGCCACGGGUGGGUGGUUGGUAGAUGGGAAUGUUCGUCUGCCCACUCUCGGAGAGACCUUUAAGGGCAGCUACUCGUCGAGUCCGACGGCGUCGGCAACCUCUGGCUCGGGUACCAGCGCUUCAGCGGCGCCGACAGAAUCUGCCGAGUCUUCGGCACCUGAGAGACCUUCAGGAUCCGGCACCAAGCAAAUUGCCGGAAUGGCUUUUGGCUUGGUUGGUGUCAUGAUCUUCUUCACUGUGUGGAUGUAG